AACGAAUUACAUUUUAAAAUCUAUUAAAAAAGUUACUUUAAAUUGUAACUAUUUCCCAAUAUUAUUGUUUUCUGUAGUCCACUUUGUUCUGUGAUCCUGUGUGUGUCUGUAAGAACAGUGCUUGUAAGUCCUGUUUGUUUGAAUCUCUCAGGACAAGAGUCAGCAGGCAGGUUGUGCUGGGUUAGGAAGAAGUUUAUGCAUUACUGCAGCAGUCAGAGGUCAGUGUUUCAACGCUUUUCACAGAUCUGUGUCAUUACAGUAAUUACACGCACUGCAGGUUUCAGGCACACUAGGCACUCUGCUUAAGGAAGUGAAUCAGACAAGAUUAAUCUCUAACAUUGUUAAAUGUGAGAAACAUGAAAUUUACAACCAGAGCAACUGAAAAUUAAGCUAAACUGCAAAUCAGACUUCCCACGGCUCUCUGUCUUUCUCUGUAAUCUCUCUCUCUGCUCUGGUGAUAUUAGUUGGUGUGUUAGCCGAAUUUAAGAGAUUAGUUUGCGUUAAGAGCUUAGUGUAAACUAAGAUGCAACACUUCCCCUUCUUUCCAUCUGUCUCACUCUGUCUCUCUGCAGGAUACCAGGUUCUUGAAAAUAGCCUUUAAAGAAUACAGUUCCUAAUGAAAUUGUUUUUCUAUAUUAUUUACAUAAUUAUGAGUUCUACAUUAUGAGACAACAAAACAAGGAAUUGGUGAUUGAUUUAUAAAUUGAGUUUAAGACGUUCAAAAGAGGAGAACUGAAGAGAUAUAGACUUUAUCUAUACUGGAGAAUAAUUCCUGCCACUAAAACGACAUGAAACUAGGAGCUCUUCUGCUGCUGCUUCUGGGGUCCUUGCAAGGGGUCUUCACUCAAGUACCUAUAACUGCAUUUACUGAAAGAACAGCUGUGGAGGAAGGUCUAGGAAGUGGUCUGUUAGAGGUGGAACAGGAAGAUGAACUGGCAGACACUUACUGGUCUGGGACAGCCCCCCUUUGUUUCGCAGGGUGUAAAGGCAGACACAGAGAGCUGAAGAGAGACAACUGUGGAGAUUCAGACUGCUGCUGGGUGGGAUAUAAAUCCCUGUGUAGAGUGAAUUGUGGAAAGCCUGAUGUGGAUUUUAAUGGGAUUGUGUAUGGGAGUGAUUGGUGGGUGGGCUCUGUGGUGCGGUAUGACUGCAGACCAGGGUUCGUGUUGGUGGGAGAUCCUGCCCGAGCCUGUCAGUCUAAUGGGAAAUGGACGCCCAAACCAUCCUGUCUUAGAGUGUGUUAUCGUGGCCGGGUUGAGAUCAAUGAGAAGGACAUCGACGGGACAUGUUCGUCCACCUGUCCUGAUGCUAAAACCUAUGCAGUCCCUCAGAACCACAAAUGCAGUCGUAUUGAGAACUGCAGAACUAAAGAAUCAGGCUGGAAGCACUGGUUUACACGCUGCAACUACUGCGACUGUGACUGCUUCACUCCUUGUGCUUUACAGGAUAGAAGACAGUGAAUCUAUUCAUCAUCCUCUGGAAACAACAGAAUUCAUUUUUAUUUGAAUGUAAAGAGAGAGGCUUGACAUGUAAACUUAGCAGAACUUGUCAAACUGAAUAUAAAAGCAUUUUAUGCAUCUCUAGAUUCUAAAUAUCUACACAACUGGAGACCUUUAUUUUAAUCACUGA